AUGCUGCUCCGCGUGUGGGGCAAACUCCCGUGGUUGUUCGCGCUGCUGCUCGCGGUGCUGUGCUCCACUGGAAAGGCGCGUGCCAAACCAAGCUCCAUCAGAACGGCGCACGCGACGCCAGCCAGCAGGAGCACGGGAUCCCCGGUACCCAGUAUCGUGAGGAAGAGCAGCAAGGUCCCCGAACGGGUGUACCCCUGUAGCAGCGACCUAGAAUGUGGCAAGGGAAGCUUUUGCCACGCUCCCUCCAGAAACCCCUCCCCCCAACGAUGUCACACCUGCCGACAGAGGAAGAGGCGUUGCCAUAGAGACGCCAUGUGCUGCCCCGUCAACCACUGUAGCAACAACAUCUGUACCCCUCUCCCAGACAGUGUGAUGUCACAUCAUAUAACUACGUUAGAGGAACACGCCAGACUGCCCCCGAAGAAGGAGGGAGAUUGGAGGAAGAUAGGAAGAGCUCAGACCAAGCUGCCCCCAUCAAAGGUAAAGGGUCAGGUGGGUGACCCGUGUCUCAGGUCUACAGACUGUUCUGAAGGUCUGUGUUGUGCCCGUCACUUCUGGGGCAGGAUCUGUAAGCCAGUGCUGAGGCAUGGGGAGGUGUGUACCCGGCACAGCAGGAAGGGACAGCACAGCCUGGAGCUGUUCCAACGCUGUGACUGUGGAGAGGGAUUGGCCUGCCGAGCACUCCCCACAGCCCAACCCUCUUCAUCAUCAUCAUCAUCAUCAUCAUCAUCAAAGUCGAUAGCAGCAGCAGCUAAAGAAAGAUUGCACUUGUGUCAGAGGGAGUGA